UGGCCACUGACCAGCUGGGCUGGGGAGCGAGACUGCGGGCGCCGAGUGCUCCAAGCUGGGCCGGGCAGGCCUUUCGCCACGAGGCGGCAAAGAGCGGCGGACAUGGUGGGGACUGGACUCAAGAAGGGGUCUCUGGAAAGGUGGGAGGUGGUCUGCAGCCCGUGGCCACCGCAGGACAUGGCAGGAAGAAGUCAAGGAACUUUCUAAAGGGACCUACUCUUGUGUAGCAACAAAUGACUGGCCAAGAUGGAUCUGGUUUGCUCGUGGAACAGUCCCUUCCACUAGCUCCCUGUGCGAGGCCUCCGUUUCUGCUCUAUGCUGCACUGGAGUGGGGGAAGAUCCCGGUAGAGGAGAGGAAAUGAAGAGGGUCAGCAGCCUUCUCACGGGGUGUCUCUUCGUGCUUGCAGUGACGGAGGCGGAACGUUUCUUCCGGCCAGGGCGGCGAGUGUGUUCUGCAGCAGGGGAGGGCCGCACGGUGUCCUUCUUGGUGUCGCACGCGCACCCCGUCUACCAGCCCUACCUCACCGUGUGCCAGGGACAGAGGCUUUGCAGUACAUACAGCACCACCUACAGGGUCUCCCACCGUCAGGCGUAUCGGACGGUGUCUCAGCCGGCGCACCGGUGCUGUCCCGGAUGGAGACGGGCGAGUGGCCACGCCUGGCUGGGGUGCGAUACAGCCGUCUGCCAGCCGCCUUGCCAGAACGGAGGGAAGUGCUCGCUCCCCAACACCUGCACCUGCCCUGCAGGGUGGACAGGAAGGUGCUGCCAGACAGACGUGGAUGAAUGUGCUGGAGGAAGACACGGCUGCAGUCAGUCCUGCCUCAACGUGGCUGGGAGUUACAGCUGCACCUGCCAGCAAGGGCACAAGCUCCAGGCUGAUGGGAAAACAUGCCAGGCUUCGGAAGCACCAACCGAUGUCCCUGGCAUCACUAGUCCGGCUGGAGCCUCCAACCUGACCGUGCAGGAAGACGUGGCGGAGCUGAGGCGCAGAGUGUUGGCCCUGGAGGAGGCACCUGCCAGCCUGAGCACGGUGGCCGAAGAAGCCGGAAGAGGAGCCCCCCCUCCUGACCUGGUCCCCUCCCCUCUCGUGGCUCCAGCCAGGGCUGGGUGGCUGAGAUCAGUCCUGGUGCCGGGGAGCCCACCCUGUCUGCUGUGGGACUGCAGUGCGAGAGACGGGCAGGCCCCGACUCCUCCAAAGAAGCGUCUCACCCAUCCAGUUGCUGAGAGGAGCGUCAGCUGCGUGUCGUUCGAGGUUCAGACAGCACCGUGGUGCAACAGCCCUCUUUUUGUCAACGGUCGAGUCCAGUCAGGCACCUUUAAGACCAACAAAGUUUUACUCGAGGCCUGAGCUUUCGCGUGCAGGUGGUCUGAGGAAGUGUGCCUGCACAUGGAAGCUCAUCAGACCUUGAGUAAAACUUUGUCUUUCAAGGGAUCUUUCAUGUGGAAAGGAAAGGCAUUUCUGUGCUGCCAGCUUCCACUCAGGGCUCUGGUGAGGGUGCCGAGAUUCACAAGUGCUUCUCCUGCUCUAAUCACAAAACAAGUUUUUGGUGCAAAGUGGAGACCAGCAGAAUGGGAACGAGGAUCCAGUUCUUCCGCUACAGAAGGGGUUGUACGGCAUCUCCAUUUGGUUGCAGAAGAAAGUUCCGGUUCCUUCUUUGGAAAGGAUACUUAUGCAAUAAUAAAGGUCCUGUGCUAACUUGUAGAUUAAAAUAUAUUGCAGAUCGAGCUGCUGCGAGGAAGAACUCGCUUUUGAUGGCAUUAGCAACGUGAGCAAAAAGCAACUUGCCCAAAGCUCCUCAGGUGCAUCUCCCGCUCUUACAAAAGUGGAUUGCACAGAGACAGUAUCUGCUUGGAAUGGUACAAUUACUCACUUGUCAUUUAAUACUUGGAGACUCUGUGCCAGUAAUUGAGAGGGCCUGUGAUUGUUUUUCCCCUCUCUUGAAAUA